AUGGCGGAGCUUUUGUCUCUACCGGACGAACUCUUGCUUGCAAUUGCCAACGAGAUGCAAGGCGACAUAAGAAACGCCUACCGCAGUCUAAGAUCUCUGGCGCUGUCUUGCCGACGACUGCGACCUAUCGCGCAGGAGGUCCUCUAUAUGGACGUCGCUAUCUGCAGAACCCAGUCAUUACGAGGCCCAAAUAGUCUCACAUGCCUCGUACAAACCCUUGUACAGCGGCCAGGUCUUGCGGUGAAAGUCAACAAGCUCAAUCUAAGGAUCAUCGGCAAUCCCAUUAUGCACUCGAAGGAUUGUUUGGAGCUGAUGUAUACUGAAUAUGAAGGUUGCACUUGUGGUUUCAAACCAGUUCUCUCUCUCUGUAUCGAAACCAUCGGUAAUAUCAGGGCAAACAAUGGCUCCCGUCUCUACAACCAUGACUGGGCGUCCAAUAUACAGGCCGGGCUUCAGUUAGCUAUGGUCGGCCUCAUCCUAUGUCUCACGCCGCACCUCGAAAGCCUGACGUUGGAUUACCGCAAGCAGAAAAUGGAGUCUUCUGGUUUUUACACAAAACCUAUCGCAUUUGAGCACUUCAGUCUCGAUGACCUCUUCGGAAGCGUAACUCAGUCCCCAGCGUUUUCUAUCGAGCACAUCAAAGGCUUCGCGAAACUUACGCGGCUUAUCACCAACACUUGUCCUCCGUCCAAAUUGAUAAGCCUACCUCAACUGAAAGGGUUGGAAAUAGGCCUUCUCAACGACCACUGGAACCAAGAUCGAGGCCUCAGACCUUUACUCUCGACCGGCACAGCUCUUUCCAUGACGAUGACUCACCUGACUGUACGAUUGGACAAGCUCGCACUCUACUCCGAUCGAGCCAUUCUAGUACGUGGCGUCUAUCGACGCCUGAAUGAUAUAAUCAAGAAUCUUACGGUCCUGGAAUAUCUAUUUCUACAAUUUGGGUCCGAAUGGGGAAAACGAUUCGACCCACGCCAGGGCGACUUGUCAGAAGCAUCAUUUGAGUAUGUAACUUCAGAGAUAGAGAGCCUCAGUUUGACACAUUUAGCUCUGGAUGUUGAAGACGUUGGAAAAGCCUGGUUCUACGAGAGCGGCGAGACUCCCUUCGAAGUAAUACGACCGAUGACCUCACUCAGAAGGUUACCGAAGCUUCGCAGCAUCACAGCCCCAGAAGAGGCCUUUUUCUUUCCGGGCGGAUUUGAGACGUGCGUUAUACCUUCAACCAUCGAAAGUAUUGGAAUAAUCAGUGCAACAUAUGGGACAUAUCAAUUUAUCAGAUAUAUCCUAAGCGACCAAGGACAGUGGCCGAGUUUGACGUCAAUCAAGUUAGAAACGGGGCAGGACAAUCCAGGACUAUACAACAACAUCCACCCUCAAAUGUAUGAUGAAGACGAUGUCUCUGAAGCCUUUUACUAUCUCUGCGGCUGCAAGGGCGAGUGCAGGUGCAAGUACGAUUCUGAUCACGAGUGCGAGUGCGAGUGCGAGUACCACUGCGAGGUCGACUGCGAGAGUGAGGAAGGCUGCGACCAUUGUUACCGUAUCCAUGCGUGGUACUGCGACAAUACGCGUUGGAGAGAAUUUUUCAAGCAAGAUCGUGCGAUCUUCCUGGGGUCUAAGAACAUCGAUGUGUGUAUAGAGAUUGUACAAGAGAAGCUGGCGUGGAGGGAAGAAUGGACUGGUUGA